AUGGCAAGACUAUUAUUACUUUCUCUCCCAGGUCUUGUGGCCAUAUGUGCUGUGCACGGAAUAUUUAUGGACAGACUUGCUUCCAAGAAGCUCUGUGCGGAUGACGAGUGUGUGUAUACUAUUUCUCUGGCCAGAGCUCAAGAAGAUUUCAAUGCCCCGGACUGUAGGUUCAUUAAUGUUAAAGAAGGGCAGCAGAUUUAUGUCUACUCAAAGCUGGUGAAAGAAAACGGAGCUGGAGAAUUUUGGGCUGGCAGUGUGUAUGGAGAUGGCCAGGAGGGUGAGAUGGGAACCGUGGGGUAUUUCCCCAGCAGCUUGGUGGAGGAGCAACAUGUAUACCAAGAAGCCACCGAAGAAGUCCCCACUACGGAUAUUGACUUCUUCUGUGAGUAAGAAAGUAGACAAACCUGCAAAUAUAAAGGAAAACACCAAAAAAUAAAGACAAAAAAGCAAAAUAACAACAAAAAUACAUAUCCCUAAUUCCUAACUUUUGUGUGAAGGCUUUGUUACCUUACAGGAGGUCUGGGCCUUUCGGGGCAGGUGGUAGGAGAUGAAGGAAGAGGUUAAAGUUCUCUGUGGGCCUGGUCUUCCCACCACCUGAGGCAGGCCAGCCUUUGGCUCAAGUGGGAGAACUGAAAGAAGUUAAUUUUCAGCCGAGAGAAUCUUUUCGUAGCAGGGAUGCAUAUAGAAGAUGGUUCAUUUGUAUUAUUUCUAAAUAAUAAUUCUUUCCAGCUCUUUGCCUCCUUAUAUAAACCUGGUAGGUCAUAAGUCUUCCUUUGGACAUACUGUUUUCUAAUUAUUUGUCUCGCUGGCCAUUCAGAGUGUUAUAAUAUACCCAAAGGGGCUCUAUCAUCUAGGAGUAUUCUUGCUGAUGUUGUCUAGGAUUGUUGUCACUUUUAAUAUUUGAUGCCUUUGGGAUAUAAAGCUGGUGGGAGGAGGGAGCUCUUUCGACUCAUAGAUGUUUGGACUAUGCCUCUUUCUCUUUAACAAAAAAAAAACAA